UCAAAGUUCAGCGCAGCUCCCCUCGUGUGCUGCGGUGCGUUUUUGCAGACUGAGAGCGGAGUUUAAACACCUGCAGGGACAUAAAAACACCUUUAUCUCGGAGGAGACAGCUCGCUGAAGAAGUUGCCAUGGCGUCCUACACCUGCAUCAGCUGCCGAGUGGCUUUCGCAGAUGGCGAGGUGCAGCGAGCGCACUACAAAACCGACUGGCACCGCUACAACCUGAAGCGCAAGGUGGCCGACAUGCCGCCGGUCACUGCCGAGAACUUCCAGGAGCGAGUCCUGGCACAGCGGGCGGCCGCCGAACAGCAGGCGAGCGACGCGACGGCCACAGAGGGCUGCGCCGUCUGCAACAAGAAGUUCUCCAGCGCCAACGCAUACCAGAACCACCUGCAGUCCCACAAACACCAGCAGGCGGAGAGGCAGGCGCUGCUGGCGGCGCAGAGGAAAGUGGAGAAGAUGAACGAGAAGAACCUGGAGAAAGGACUCGGAGAUGAGAAGGUGGAUCACGACGCCAGGAACGAGGCCCUGCAGCAGGCCCUGAGAGAGCAGCAGAGGCCGAGCCCGGCGAAGCAAGGGGCGGCAACGGAGGCGAAAAGACAGAAGGCGGAGAAGCAGGAGAAACCUCCGAGGAUGAUGUGGCUGGAGGAGCAAACCAAGAGGCGAGAGAGAGAGGAGGGAGCUGCAGCUG